AUGAAACGGUUUAGCUUUCUAGUGUGCUUGUCUUGUGUGUCGUUCAUCGUCGCAGCCCCACAGGGCUACAAAUAUCAGCAAAAUGUGCCCAUUCUGCCAGCCGGCAAUCUGCGUCCACAGACGCCGAUUUCUACCAGCGGAAUAUAUACCGGCCAGCAGACCCUCUCGCAAUCCAUCUCAACUGGACUUAACAAUGUGAUUCAGGCCCCUCAGCCGCUGCCUCAGCAGCAGCUACAACAGCAGGUCUUCCAGCAGCAACAAUUUGUACCCUCCAUUCCUGUUCAGCCUCAGCAGCAGCAACAACAGUUUGUCCAAAGCCUCCAGCAACCGCAGAUCCUGAGUCAGCAGAUUGUUUCUCAGCCGCAGAUUGUUUCUCAGCCGCAGAUUGUGUCUCAGCCUCAGCAGCAGUACGCGCAGCGUCCCUCGAUCGUGACGAAGGACAUCUAUAUUCACUCAGCUCCCGAUGACAGUGACGAUCUGCAGGCGGCACCUCAAUUGGAUAACUCGCCCAUUCGCAAGAAUUACCGCAUUGUAUUCAUCAAGGCGCCUACACAGAAUCUGAAGCACACGGCUGCAGCUUUGAAGCGUGCCCAGGCCAGCAAUGAGGAGAAGACCGUCAUCUAUGUUCUGUCCAAGAAGCCCGACAUCAACGAGAUUCACCAGCAUCUGCAGCUGUCCCAGACUGAGCCCAAGGUGCACAAGCCCGAAGUUUACUUCAUUAAGUACAAGACCACGGAGGAGGCCCAGCGCGCCCAGCAGGAGAUUCAGGCUCAGUAUGAUGCUCUCGGCGGUGCCACACACAUUUCCGAUGAGGGCGUAGCCCCCAUCACUAGCUUCUCGGGCUCCGGCUCCCUCAACCUGGGCAACAUCGUGCCACAUUCCAUCCAACAGCAGAACCAGCACCUGCAUCACCCACAGACCCAGACAAUUGUGCAGAACGGUCAGAGCGUGGGACUAAUUGGCCAAGGUAUCCAGCAGCAGAACUCAUUUGUACCAGCGAUCGGCGGUGGUGACCUUGGCCUCCAGGGCGUAUCCCUGCAGGGUGGUCUACAGACCUCUUCGCUGUCACCAGGCUCCAGCUUCGGCGGAACUGUUCCAUCCAAGCGCUACAUCCCCGCCAAGACCAAAUAA